GGUGGCGUCGCGUUUUUCCCGCGCAUUGUCAAGUCCAUUUUGUUAAUUCGAAGCGGGAGAGGGUGUCGGCCGAAGCCCUCUUCAAAUUCGCUUCAUCAGAGUCAUAUAUUUCUUGGGAGAAAUUAAAACAAUAACCGGUGUUCGUAUUUCAAUAAAAUAAACAGAUCGACAAAACAAUGACAGAUCGGAGGACGAGCAAUAUCGAACGGCUUUCUGAGGCGAUGAAAAGUCUGCAGAAAUGCUUGGAAUGUACGAUCUGUUUGGAGCCUAUGACAGAACCUACAAAAACACGAUGUGGCCAUUCAUUCUGCAAAACGUGUAUAGGAACAAUCUUACUCAAGAAAAAUGUAUGUUGUCCACUAUGCAAGAAGUGUCUAAAUAGACGCAACAUUUCUAAAGAUGAUCAUCUGCAAACCUGUAUCGAGAAGUUUAAUAAACUUGUCACUGCUAUUAAAAUCGACAGCAAUGUCGACAGUAAGUACAUACCAUACAAGGCGACUCACGCCAGAACGCGCGCGAGAAACCGUGAGAAAGAUAGAAGGUCGAAACCGGAAAUCGAGGAGAUUGUCCGUGAGGAUGGCUUGGUGGCAACGAACGAUCAGGUCUCGUGCGCGCCGAGCACAUCUGCGAUCACCGAGCAAUCUCUCGCGAAUUGGUCUCGCGUGAUCGAGAUCGGGAAGGAGAUGAAACGCACGAGAAGGAGAAAGGUGAAGAGACUGAACGUGAGCAUCGAGAAAAAUAGAAAGCCACCGCGGAUAGUCGAGGACAUUAGGCUGUCGCCGAGAAGCAGAUACGACACCUCUAGAAUUAUUGCGAGUCAUAAUACGAGCAAGAUGAAUAUGUCUAAUCGACUGGAGGAAAUGAACAGUCAGAAACAGGACGCGAUUGAUAACAGUCAGAAUUUAUCGGACGCGAAAGCGUCGAGCGAAACGAAGAAACGGACGAAAUCAUUUGAUGAAAAUAAGGCGGACAAUUCGAAUUCGAUUGAUUCUACGAUGGAUAUAUCACACAUCACGCUGGAGGAUGGUUGGAAAAUACGCAUAACGAAUCUAAACAACGAUCAGGUGGGCAAAAUUAUUGGCUCCGGGGGGGACACCAAGGAGAAUCUUCAGGCUCAAGGACGAGAGGUUGUCAUCAAUUAUCGCGAUUCGUUGCCGCGGCAAAGACUGACCGUACUAACGCCGGAGAGACUUAACGAAUCUAUACGUAACGACGAAAUAAGUCACGACGUGUCGCAAACUUCCGCCGACAACUUUGAAAGUUCGAUCUGCUCGCCGGUCAAAAAGCGAGCUCCCGGACCACGAGAGACCAAUAACGUUCAGGAGACACCAAACAGGACUGCUUCUUCUCACUUAGAAUUUUUGACGCCGAAGGCCAGAUUAUCCUUGAAAAGAAAGACGAGGACUAACAACGGUGAUUCGCCGUUAUUAAAAGAACAUUUAUUGUCGCAACACGAAGAAAUGAUCGGUGAUCACAAGAACGUUUCACCAACAUCGAAUGACGAUGGACUGUCUAAUCGAUUGAAAACCGUGAGACGUGAUUUGAGUCUCACGAUAACCCGUGAAGAUCAGGAUACAAUAUCCUCAGACGCACGCUUGAAAAACACAGUCAUCGAAGGUAACGACAGAAACGUUUCUAGAAUUAUGAGGAGUCAGGAUGAAGAGCUCGGUCGCAAUUAUAUCGGCGAAUCUACGAUAUCUACGAGGAAAAUGUCUUUCUCGAGGAAAUCAGGAGGUAUUGAGAAUCGCGGACGUCGAUCUCCCAUAAAGUUUAUGCAAUUGGGGACGUUGAUUAGGCGGCGUAAUGUAAGAUAUAUUUGCUUAGGCACGACCAAGUGCGAACGGUCGAUGCCAGCGGAAGUUGGAGUCACCGCGGUGUGCAAUAUGCAGAAAUCGAUCGAUAAAUCGGAGAUAUAUGUAGCAGCAUCCCCCGAUUCGAACGAUUCACAAAGCUCGAACGUCACGGUGGUGGAAAAUAAUCAUCUCGCGAAUAAUCAUCUCUCGAAUGCGAAUCGAGCAGUUUCCAAAGAAUCUCUCAUAGCGUCACCGAUUUGUAAGAUUGCUUCAGCUACUUCGACGCCAAAAAAAAAUGUCGACCCUUCAAAGAGCUCGGCUAUCGGAAAUUCUUUGACGAACGCGAAUCAACGAUUGGGCGGAUCGAUCAAAAAUACCGCCGAGGAUAAUGCGCGAUCCUUUCAUAGAACGCCUCGCGCGGACAACCUCGGCGCAAUUCACGGGUUGAUCUCUCAUUCAAGAAUGUCAAAUUCCAUUAAACUGCUGUCACCGGACAAAGAUUCGCAGCUGAAGUUUCUGGAAAUAGAUUCUCCAAUGAGCGAGCGCGAGUUGAGGCGCGUAGGCUCGACUAAGUCCGCUAUCAAAGAAAACAACUUUUCCGAGAUGAAAAGUUCACGUCUCGCAGCGUCCACGUCGGCCAAGGCGCAAGAGCCUUUCGUCGAAAGUCCCAAUAAGAACAGAAAAAGAAUGAGAUGCGCCAAUGACAGAGAGCUAUCCGAGGAGGAGUUCAACGAUGGAUGCGACUCCGACGAAUCGAUCAGUAGUCAAAGUACAAUAAAAAAUGGAUAUAUCGAAUCAUCUAAGAAAUCGAGAUCGGAUCGUUUGGAUACGAGUAAGAAACGUCGCUUGAGUUCCUCGGACGAUCAGGAUGUCAUCGUAAUCUCGUCAGUUUCUGAGGAACAGAACGCGAGCGAAAGAAAAUCCAAGACGACAAUGCCUAACUCGGACUCGGAAAUGGAAUCGGCGACGCGUAGUACGAAAAAUUUGUCGAGACAUAAUGAUGAACAAUGCGAUCGAGGAAACGCACCGAUUAUAAACACAAGAAAAUGUUUGGUGAGACAAGAUUCGGAUGAAAAUCUUCGUAUUCGGAGUAUAACCGACAAAUGGAGAAACGAACAUGACGCGAUGCAAAAAAAGCUGAUGAGGGAAGGUGAAAACAGCCAGAAUAGUGUCACGUCAACGAGACAACGCCCAUCUGAAGAAAAUCUAGCUAGCCAACGAUCAUCAACUGGGACAUUUGAGACGGAGAAGCACAAGAGCGUAAAGUCAUGUCAGAAAAGCCCGAAAGAAUCGAUGUUUGAGAGUAAUAGCCUAUUCAGUUCGACAAAUAUCGACUAUAUGAUGCAGCAAUUGGACAGUAAGGACAAUAUGAAAUCGCAGAAAGCCACGGAUCCUUCUAAUGACGACACCAUAAACCGAGUGCUCGAUCGAUCGGAGAGCAAUCUCGACUCACGUCGGCCGUCGGGUUCUACCUCCCAGAAAGACAUGGCGAGUCAGAGAGAAAAGAACAGCCGAGAGAACUUGCUGCAGGACAAUUUCGAUGAGAUCAUCGCCAGCGUCGAGCAGUCACAAAGCGAGGAUGUAAUACCUUGUACCGAGCAACUGGAUCGCAAUCCCAAUCGCCCGUUGGCGGAACAGAAAUCGUCAAACUGUCUCGCGAUGACAGAUGAAUUGUACAGAACCAUGCAGGACAGCCUGAUCAUACCUGCGUCGUCGACGACCGACAUGUUUGAGCAUCAUUCUUCCAAGAACGUUAGGAAACCAUAUACGAGGACGAAUAUCAUUUUAAGAAAUUCUGACAAGGAGAACGUAGCCAGUAACAUCAAAAAACGCAACUUUAUGAAUGACCAAAGAGACAGAGAGGGCGCAACUGCGAGUGUCGAUGCGAUUGACAAAGAUUCUCAUAAGAAAAUCGUAUCGAAGUAUAACGCAUCACAAGAGAAAGGAAAAUCCGAAGAACGUAAUGUCUCGAUACGACUGACGGAUGUCGAUGACAAUGAAGGGCAAAGGGCAACAGCCGUUGGCAACGAAUCAAGUUCGAAGAAUGACGUUUCCGAACAAGAUUCGCUUAUGAACAUUACGCAGCAUCAAGUUCAACUGCAAAUGUUUGAAGAGGAUUUAUUUGGCAUUACGGAUAUGCGAAAUCAAAUGAGGACGACUUCGCAGAGUAACUUGUCCCAACAGGGGCAACGCACUCCGAAAAGGAGGAAGCAGAAUAUUCAGGGAAAUACGACGCCAGGAGAACACCUCGCCGACGAAGACGACGUUGUGGAGAACACUCCAGAGAAAAAGAUGAAAAACAAUGGGAACAACGUUAAAGCGGUCGACUCGAGAGAAAAAAUGACAUUCUUAUCGCCAAUCCCGAAGGCUGUUGAACGGACAUCGAGUAUAUCAGGGUCGUGUCAAACGAUUCGUUCUUCCUCUUCGAGGAAUGGUGCAAACACACCUACGGACUUAUUCGGAAUGUAUCCAUCCGCCCAAAGUACGCCGAUGUUGGCGCACAACACCACGACGAUGAACCGUGCCAACGUAUCCGGAGGGAACAAGAGAAGCGAGCGUGUGGAAAGCUCUGGAAGUGUCUUACUGGCGAAACAACUGGUGGACGGGAAGACGUUGGAGAAUGUUCGUCGACAACCUGACAGGCAGGAUUUGUGUUUCGUAUGCAGCGGCCUGUCGGCCGCCCAGAUCGCCACCGUGAAGGAAUUUGCGGCGAAGUACAACGCGAGCUACGUGAACCAGUUCGAUCGCAACGUGACGCAUGUUGUCGUGAAGACUACCGGCGAGCAAAACGCGGCGAGGAGCACGCUGAAGUAUCUUCAGGGUAUCGCCCACCGAAAGUGGAUAGUCAGCUACAGAUGGAUCGAGGACUGCACGAGGCAGCAGAAGCUGCUGAACGAGGUUGCUUACGAGGCCACGACGUACAAUGAUAGCGUUUACGGUGCCGGCCCUCGAAACUCGAGGCUACGCGACAAGGGUCUCUUUGAGGGUUUCACGUUUCUCUGUGUCGGACCGUACGACAACGUUUCGCUGGAACAGUAUCAGGAUUUGUUACUCGCCAUCGGAGCCACGGUAGUCGAUUCGUUUGAAAUUCUCGCAAAAAUGGGAGGAAUGAAGGGCAUUGUGAUCCAAGACAAUGUUCAUGACAAUAAAGUAAUUGAACAUUGGUAUCGAACCACGAAGGCGGCGCCGAUUCUGGUGGAUUGGAUAGUAGAAUGUAUUGGACACUACAGAUUAUUUAAGCUUACGUCUUACAUCAAUUAUAUAUCGCCGCAAGAUUUUUGUGCUAUCGGUUAUCCACGUGAACUUGUAGAAGAAGAAGAAGAAGAAGAGUACAGCGAUGAUGAAUAAAAAGAAGAAAGAAGAUAUAUUGUUCGAAUUUAUUUUUGUUAAUAUUUAAUCCGUACCAUCAUUUGUAAAGAAUUACAAUAGUGUAGUCUCAUAUAACAGAAAAGAACAAAGAUACUUCUUAUAGUUUUCAAUCUCAAUCUGUUGAUUAAAACGAACGAGCUUACCGUUCAUGGGUCGCUAAGCAUACACUUGAUGGCGAUCCACUACCGUGUUAAUUAUCUGUACAUGAAAAUUUAAUUUACCUUUAUCAAUGUAUCUAUGUGAUAUUAACUUUACAUACA